CUUCGCAGCAGCGAGCAGAGAUUAGAAGAAUCUGAGACAUCUUUAGAUCAAAAAACACAAGCACAACAAGAAACAGAGAGACGCCUUUGUAGCUUAGAGCAGACAUCACAUGAAUUAGAGACAUCCUUGGCUACAGAAAGAGAAGCACAUGAGGAAACUGUGAGAUGUCUUCGUAUAAAUCAGCAGAGAUUAGAAGAACUUGAGACAUCUUUAGUUGAAGAAACACAAGCACACCAAGAAACAGAAAGUCGCCUCCAAAGCAGCGAGGAAAGAUCACAAGAACUUGAAACUACGCUGACCACAUUACGACAAACCUAUGAAGCCUACCGCAGAUCAAGAGAGUCGACACGGGAUUGGGUCUUACGUAGGGAUGAAGUAAUACUGUCUGAUAAAGUAAUUGGUAUCGGUGCAUGGGGCGAAGUGAAAGAAGGAACAUUUCGUGGAUGUAAAGUUGCUGUGAAAAAAAUUCAUCAGCUUAUUCUAUCUGAUCACAACAGAAGGCUGUUUGAACGGGAGAUGAAUAUGGCUUCAAGGUGUCGUCAUCCUUGUCUUCUUCAAUUCAUUGGUGCAACCAACGAUGACCAAAGUCCUCUAUUUGUGACUGAACUACUGGACACGAGUCUAAGAGCAGUUUUACAUGAACGCCCAYUGGAACCUUCGGAGAUCACGACGAUUGCACAGGAUGUUGCUAAAGCGUUAAAUUACUUACAUCUCAGCCAYCCUGCUCCAAUCAUUCAUCGAGACAUCAGCAGUGCUAAUGUGUUGUUAUGGAAACACGUCACAAUUUGGCGAGCUAAAGUCUCUGAUUAUGGUACGGCCAACUWCCUGCAGCAGUCYAUGACGGYUAGUCCUGGUGCUGUGAUCUACUCUGCUCCUGAGGCACAGACGUCCAGACAAUCACCAAAGCUUGAUGUGUACAGCUUUGGAGUUCUGCUGUGCGAGAUGAACGUUCGUGAAAUGCCUGACGUGGACCACAGAAACGAACAAGUUGCCAUGGUGACCAACAGUAUUUUCAGGAACCUGAUCAGAAGAUGUUUACAGCAGAAUCCAGAAAAACGUCCCUCCAUGGCAGAGAUCAUAGAGGCACUUGAAAACUCGCCACAGUAAUUAAGGAAUUGUCUUACUGCAGCCUCAUUCAUUGCUGUCCGCAUAACAAAUAGACAUCAAUUUUUUUUAAUAAUAAU